AUGGCACGCGUUCUGGCCACUCUUUUCCUACUUUAUGGGACACCUGCGUUCAUCGAGGGUUCGCUGUCCACCUAUGGUCAUUCGUUCAUAGCAAGAGGUUCUCAUCUAGACAACGGGACGACCGUGAUUGCCUCGCUGGAAGGGACAACAGAAGGACAGUGUAUGACAGAGUGCCAGGCCAGCUCGCAGUGUGAGGCCACUAAUUACGAUACUUUGACUGGACUGUGCCAGCAUCUUGACACGAUCCCCGGCACCCCAUCUCUCACCUGUAACGCUGACUGGGUGUACGCCACCAAGAAAAGUUUGACAGAGAGUCAGCUCCCCGACAGUAACCUCUGCUCCCCCAACCCUUGCAUGCACGGAACGUGCACGAGGAGCUGUGACGCGGCAGCUGGGUACACGUGCACGUGCGAGGAAGGAUUUGCAGGUGCACGCUGCAAUGAGUCAGUCAGCAGUUGUCCUGACCGACUGCUCGCUGGGGAGAAAAUCCACCGCACCGAUACCAACCACCCCGACUCCCUCUGCUCUGCCAGCGGACGCUACAAGCUGUAUGUGGAGACGGACGGAGAUGUCGUCAUUUAUGACCUCGGGGAGUACAUGAACGCUGAUCCUCCUCAGCUUGUGUGGCACAGUAACACGUCAGGGACAAACGAUGUCUACUUCACACUCCAAAACGACGGGAACCUAGUGUCCUACGAUUCCGGCAACACCGCUCACUUUUCCAUCGAUUACACCAUCAUAACAGGCACGCCGUUCUCGCCCUCUCACAUCGUACUGGAGAACGACGGCGGUCUCAGGUACUAUGACGUCAAUGGACUCCUUCGAUGGGACUCCAAGACGGCUGCUAUCACGUACAUGCAAGGCACGCUGCGCAAAACCCUGGCAGAUUACAACCAUAAAGGGUUCCCCAUUGGCAGUCACUGGCGGAGGCCUGCUAGUAGUUGCUUCGAAAUCCUCAGUAACAACGCCAGUUACGGCACCGGUAUCUACUUUAUCCGCCCCAGGGGGGACACCGGUUUAGCUGCUAGGACGUGGUGUGACAUGGAUUUUGACGGCGGUGGUUGGACCCUGGUUUCCUACGGCUACAUGCACAGUACAGGCAACGACGGGAACAGCCGCAAUUUGGUCAACAUGAACAGACAAAAUGGCUACAACUGGGACCCCAUAAGCCGCGCCAAUAGCCACGGUUUGAUACCAUUGCAAGACGGCGCAAUCAAAAUCGCCAACAACGCCAAUUAUAUGCUGAUGGCGGCGGGAAAUAACCCGACCACCGGUACGAUAGACGAAUACAGUCACGCCUAUAAGAUCGACAUCAGACAUAAAAAGUACACUAUAACGUUUGAGAACCACAGCCACUACAAAUUGGGGACACACAUGCAUUCUCAGGCGUAUACCGUGACUGCCAUGAAAGGAGAAUCUGGAACUGCUACCCGAUACGCCCUGGCUGAAGCCCUGGGCGUCACGUGGUCAAGCUCGUUCCCCGCUGGAUACGGAUUCAACGAGAACGACCAGUUGUCCGGAUCAUUUGACAAGGGUCCGUUUUUUCCCUCUGUUCACUCUGGAAGUGGGACGUCUUGUUCAUGCACGUGCAGCAAGUGGGACCCGGAUGUGACUGGAGGAAAUCGCUGUUACUCACACCGAGGCUGGUACUCUCUGAACGGCAACGGGUACACGGGAGCCAUGAGCAUUUGGUUCAAGUGAUUUCAGACGGAAUAACUUUAUAACCAAAAAUUCAAGUAUUUUAAUUGACAUUAUUAUCACCAAGUAUGGGUUAUUUGCUCUGUUCAAAGACAAUAUUCCCCAACUUUGCAUUUUGUUACAACAUUGAAUAAUUAAGGUGUAAUCAUUUAAGUAAAAGAAUCAAAUAAGAAUUAAACAAUGGAAAAUACGCAUAAAAAUCUAUGGUCAUUAUAAUUUGAAGAUGUAUUUUUCAACUUACUACAGAAUUUGAUAUUGAAAUUGAUACCUUAUUUUCAUAUUUUCUUUGCCACGUUUUGUGAACUCCGCUGUUUGGAAUGGCUUAAUUGGCAGGCAAUUCAUUGGUUCAUAAAUAAUUUUACUUCUUUUAUUUGUAAGAUUAGGAUACGCACAGGGCUGCUUCAAAAGAUAUGAGACUCGCUUCUAUUAAAAAAAAAAAAUACUUGGGUUAAAUGAUUCAGUAUUAAUAUUUAUAGUGUUCAGGUGUGCUUGCUGUCAUUUCUUGUAAUUUUUUGGAUCAUUUUAUCCUUGUUUCUGUUCGCAUAUAAAAUUUUGGGCAUCUUUCCUACCGAUAGAGGUAGAUGUGCACCAUUGGUCCUUUUUUAAAAUUAUAUUUCUAUUUAUUUUUUAUUUAUUUAUUUUGCUGUAUUGGAUUAAAAUAUGACAAUACUUUUUACCUGACUCCGAUAUUUUCGUUUCAAGGGAGAAUAUAUUACGUCCGAUAUAAUUCCCUUGUCUGACAAAGCCUGGUGUACCCCCUAUUUUAAAGAAUUGUUGAAUAA